CGUCAUCCAAAAUGCUUCGGCUAUAAGACCCGUGGUGAGGGGAUGGGUUCGAGUUCCAUUCGUUUCCUCACUCAUACAUGCGGCAAUCGACUUGGGGACUUACUAGCAACCUACUACUCUACAGAGCGUCCAAAGCCGCAUCCACACGAGCGCCGUACACCACCCACUACCGAGCGUGCGUAACUCGAGCACACAUCGCCACCAUGACGACCGCAACAUUCAAGCAUAUUGACCAGAGCAGCUACACGGGAAAACCAUGGAGCAAAGUAGAUACGGAAGGAUAUAGUUUCAAAAUGAAGGACCACCAACGCGAGGUGCACAACCUCCGUGGACGCGAAGGAGAGUUCAAUACCGACAUCUCUGGCUUUGCGGUGUACAACUCUCCUGCGAAGGAGAAGCUGUUCACCGACGACAAAGCGGUACGCGAAGGCUACUACGCGGAGGUCGAGGAGCUGCUGCGCAAGAACAUUAAAGGUAUCAAGAAGGUACACAUCUUUGACCACACUAUUCGCCGAAGGGACAAGUCGUCACCAAGACAACCCGUCCAGCAGGUGCACGUGGAUCAGACUCCUGGCGCUGCCGACGCUCGUGUGAGGCGCCAUCUUCCAGCAGAGGAAGCGGGGCAGUAUCUCAAAGGAAGGUAUCAGAUUAUCAAUGUUUGGCGACCCAUUGGAAACCCUGCGUCUGAUUUCCCACUCGCGGUUGUCGAUUGGAGAACGACAGAACCAAAGGACUUCGUUCCUGUCGACCUGAUGUAUCCGCAGCGACCCGACUCUGCGAUGGACGACGAUGACCGGGGCAAGGAGCGUUUACCAGAUGAAUCCACACGUUUCUCAACCGAAGGGUACGAGGCACGAGGUGAGACACUCGGUGUUGCGGCGAACGAGAAGCACAAGUUCUACUACAUGAAAGAUAUGACACCGGAUGAAGUCAUGCUGUUGAAGUGCUACGAUUCCUUCGGGGUGGGAGAGAAGUUUGAGCAGAACGGCAUCGCAACCCGAACGCCACACACAGCUUUCUUCGACCCGAGUACGCCAGCAAACGCUCCCGGAAGACAGAGUAUCGAGGUGCGAUGCUUGGUGUUCUACGAGUGAUGAGAGUGCAAUGAAUCAUAAUGACCUGAUGGGUGGGGGGGAGUCCAACAAACAUAUAUGUACCUACGAGCGCGCCAUACCAUCUCUUUCAAUGUUUGCGAUCCUUGAUUCGAUCAUCAUGUUACCGCGGGGGUGUGUUAGUGCGUCCGGCGGCUAGAGCAGAGCUACCAAACAUCCAGCCAAGUCUGUUGUUGCAUUUCUUCACAGCUCGUUCCUGCGGUGACUGCACUGCGUACCUCCUACCUGUACGAGUGGUGGCGGGACAAGCCUUGUGACAAGAUCCGCAGUCGGAGUGAUCCGACUCGGAGUUUGCGUAACACUUAUUCAUCAUCACCACCACCACAUCGUUCAUCCGUCGUCCUCCACCAGCAAACGACUCGACUUCCACUCAUGAUCACCGCGUACGUGUACCAAGCCAUUUGCCAGACGCCUCGAAACGCAGCUUGGGCAUUCAUGCCGGACAGGGACACUGUCUACCACGUGUGCGCACCUGUAUAGAUUCCUGAGAGCGGUGGAAGGAAGCGGAAGCCUGGAGGUAAAUCAUCCUGUGAUUCAGCAGGGCCUCUGGUCACGCAGGACGCUACUCUUCUGCUAUCCUAUCUAGGAACAGGACGAAGUAGGCAUAAACUGCCCAUAGUCGUACAACAACGUACAAGGGUAGGUAUAGAACGCACACUGCCAGCGAGGCGGCCAGACCAGACCAGACCAGGCUCAUCAUCACGGCUCAUCUGAAACGUCACCUUUCCGGCGCCAGUUCCGUCGA